CUCAUUGGACGCGGACUCUCCGUCCUGCUGGUUGUUGGAAAACACGAGGGGGCGACGGCGCUAAACUUGAAUAACAAACAGCCAGUGGCUGAAUGUCAGUGAAGAGAGGCACGAAGGUCCAGAGAACGAUGGGAAAAAGCUUCCCGUGAAGUGAACUUUCAUCUGGCAGUGGAGAUGGAAAGGUUUUUAUUACACUGGAACCAACUCUAACACAAUGCAGUCGUCGAUGGCAGCCAAAGAGGUGGAACAGUGGUGGGAUCCGUAUGAGACGUGUCACAGGAGACAGUUUGUCUUCAGGCCAAACUCAGCUGCAGAGGUGCUUCUGUGCCCGAUGUCAACAUCAUUUAUAGGGUCUACUUCACAGUCUGGACCAUUUGGUUCAACUGUGUACCAUAAGGAGUUUUGCUGGAAGGCAGCCUGUAAACCUGAAUGCAUUCACACAGGAACAGCCUCGGGACAGAGGAGAAACAACCCACAUCCCAGUCAGUCUUUCAUGACGUGGAGGCUGCCUAGGGAUGCUACACAAAACCCUGAGUAUGUCCAGUUGCCUUGGAAAUGUCCCCCAUCUGAGGGGGAGAUCCAGAAGGCCUUGACAGCACUGUACUGCUCCACAUACAGAUGUGACUUCACAAGUGAGCCUCAAGGAUGUGAUCACGUUAAUAAUGCAGAAGGACGACUUGCACCUCUGCACAGCAGGCGUCACGUACCUCGCAUCCCUGACACAGAGAUGAGGGACAAUUAUCGUCAGCCGAAGCCAAAACCUGAACUGAUGGGCAACCGCUCUCACUACAGCUGCAACGCAGACCCGAGCAGGACCCGCUGCGGCAUCGUUCCAACUGUUGUGCAACGGCAUGUCCACACUCAGCAGAGAGGAUCAGACCUGACGGCCUACGACCGGUUUUGUGGGAAGAGAGUCACGAAUGUUGCAUCUGUGGUAAAGUCUCUGUUUCCACAGGAGCUGCAGUGCUUACACAGAACUUUACCUGCUGGAGAAAAGGAAGCUGUCAAAACCUUUAUGAGUAAAGAUGCUUAUCCAAACAGUGGAGCGGAGGAAAAUAAACUUCCAGCUGUUGUGCUUAAGUCCUGCUCACCUGAGCGGAUAUCAAGCUGGCCAGGACCUGUCUGAACCUAAAUGCUCGAGUUUGUGAAUCUGGGUUUUGUAUUUUUGUGCAAUUUAUUAUAUUGUUGCAAAAAUCUCAAAAAGGAUAAUAUAUAUAAUACAGAAUCUCACAGAAUUGAUAUGCUUAUUUUUGAGUGCAACUUUGUCUAAUCACACCAUAUUCUGCAAUGUGACAUUAUGCAGUCUAUCUGCAGUUUGAAAAUAUGACAGAAUAAAACUUCUUGCAUCAAUGUAAUAAAUUCUAUCUGCUUGAAAUAUCACCAGC